AGGAGGAGAAAAACUGCUGACCUACUAUAUAUUGAUAGUAGAAGACUAAAUGAGGUGCGACUAAGAAAGAAUUUAACGGUUGGUGUGAUAGAUUCCAAGAAGGCUUACGGCAAUGUUCCACACUACUGCUUCUUGGAAUACCUGAGGACGCUCAGAAUCAAUGAGAAGAGAAGCAGCCUUUUGUGAAAAGCGAUUAAUGUGUGGGAAGUAGAAUUAAUAUGUGCAAAGGAAUCGUUUGAAGCGUAAAAAUACGCAGGGGAUAUUCCUAGGAGGCUCACUCUCUCUUUUAUUCCAUUUAUAAAUCACCUGCUUCAUAUGGAAGGCCACAAGCUAUACACAAGAAGAGAAAAAGACUCGGAUUCUCUAAUCCAAAUAAGAAAUAUUCAGCAAGGAUAUUGGGAUGCUGCCUAGGGUAAAUAAAUGCGCAUUGUUAAUUAUUAAGAGAGGCUGGAAGAUAAGCUCCGAUGGUAUAUCAUUAGAUAAUAAUUAGGUGAGUGAUACAAGUGCGUGGAAAUGCUGCAAGACGAUAGGAAAACGGAAGGAGAAACGAGAAAGAAAAUCUUCAAAGAGUACAUGAGAAUAAUCAGAAAGGUGCUCAAAGCAAAGUUAAAUGGAGAGAAUAUUAUUAAAGUAAUAAAUACACGAGUCAUGCCAAUAUUAGGAUACACUGCUCCCUUUCUAAAAUGGACAAAGAUCGGAUCUCCGUAGCUUAAAUAGAAAAAAAACACACACAAAAAAAAAACAAAAACAAAACAAAAUAAAACUAUGAAGCAGCUCACAAUUCUAACAGUAAUGCCGACAAACUCUACCUACCAAGAAAGAAAGGAAAAUGAGAAUUACUAAACACAGAAGACAUCAUUACUACUGCGAUAUUAGGGUAAGAAAAUUAUGUUGUGCAAAGUGAAAGAACAGUAUCGGCGGAUGGAAAUAUUUAAAAAGUGGCUGAAACACCCGAAGAAUUCAAGACAUGAUGGAAGAACAACAGAACAAACAGAUAGACAGAAAUGGAAUUACAUAGGCAAUUCAUGCAACAAACUGAAAAUGCUGGAAGUGGACAACGCUGGCCCUGUCUAGCGGACGGAAACAUGAAACAAGAAACCGAAACGUGAAUUAUAGUUGCUUGAAAAUUGGGACUUUGCAUCAUCGUAACUUUUAAAAUAAUGCAUCGGUCAACUUAUUUUACCAUUUUGAAAAUUCUUUUAUAUUGGGGCUUAAACACCGGGAUAUCCAAAGACAGUUUCUUCCCCGGUACUACUGGAAUUUAGCAAAUUAAAAGUGACAAACCGGUUACAUCUUCAGCAAGCGUGAAAAGUUUAUUUAUAUAUCUUAACAAGUGUCUUUCUUUUCUUGUGACCGUCCGCCGGGUGAUCGUUCGCAGCUGUGUGGUACAGGUAGCUAACCUGCCGAAAUAUUAUAGGAACAUAAAAUAUUGAAGAGAAAGCAAUGACUACCAACAACGAUGAUGGAGAUGAUAAAAAGAAAGUUAUUGAUGAUGAAAAGAAGAGAAAUAAUGAAAUGAAGCUAUGGAUGAGACAUCACAUAAAAUUGAGCUUAGUAAAAUCAAAUCCUCGAAGUAAUGAUCAAGCACACGAGAGAAAUAGAAACGAUCUACAAAAGUUACCAAGUAGUGAAGAAAUCAGAAUAGGAGAAACAAAUUCUAAUCUUCCCCCAAUACCUGAUAAUGCUGAUUGUCAGAGUUCUACAUCAGAAUUCUGUACUGAUGCAUUUGGUGAUGUGAAGUUUGUAGGAUAUGGGCAGAAAAUUGCAAAGUUUGUACGUGUGGAUUAUGAAACUCCAAUGGAAACUAUUAUUGAUCUGAUAACAGUUCAAUGGAAUUUACCAUUGCCUAAGUUAUUCAUUUCUGUGAGUGGAGGAAGAAAGAGAUUCCAGUUGACACCACAUUGUAAAGAAGCUUUUGGGCAUGGCUUAGUCAAAGCUGCAAGGAGUACAGGUGCCUGGGUCAUAAGUGCAGGUUUACAUGCUGGUGUUGUGAAAUAUAUUGGCAAAGCUAUACAUGACAAUUGUAUUGGCAAUAAUAAAGUGGUGACAAUUAGUAUUGCAUUAUGGAACUGUGUACAAAACAAGGAGUCCUUAGAAAAUGACGAUGGAUCUUGGCCUGCAGAAUAUCACAUAGGAAAAGAACCUCACCAAAACAUGUGUGCUUUGGAUCCUAAUCAUUCACAUUUUAUCCUUGUUGAUAAUGGCACAACUGAAAUUUCUAAUGAAGAUAUUGAGUUCAGAAAAAUGUUGGAAAAUACUAUUAAAAAAAAGAAAAUCCAAGGGAGUAAUACGGUUAAGAUUCCAGCUGUUGUAAUAAUGGUUGAAGGUGGACCUGGAACUCUGAAGUCAGUUUGUGAUUCAAUAUCACGCAACAUUCCAGUUGUAAUAGUAAAGGGAUCUGGUCGAGCUGCAGACAUCAUGGCUUAUGCUUAUCAAAAAAUGCUUGAAGAUAAAACUUAUAGAUCUCAACUAAAGAAACUGAAAGUUGUUAUAAGAAAAAAAAUUACUAAAGGAUUUGGAAAAAAUGAACAGGUAGAACCAUUGGUUAAUCUUGUGUUGGAUUCCGUUAAUAAACCAAACCUAAUAACUAUUUUUGAAAUAGAUUCAGCUGAAGACUUUGAUGUAACAAUCUUGAAGGCUGUGUUCAAAGCAAACAACAACGAAUUAGAAAAUUUGAGACUUGCAUUGGAGUGGAACAGAAUUGAUAUUGCAAAGAGUGAAAUAUUUACAGACGGGACUUACUGGCCACCUGAAAAGUGGGUUGAUUCUUUGUUAUUUGCACUUCGUGAAGACCGUGUUGACUUUGUGAAAUUUUUCAUGGAAUAUGGAGUUAGCUUGAAAGAAUUAUUAACCGACAAAAAUAUUGAAAACUUGUACAAAAUGGAAAGUAAAGAUAUUAGCAUUAAAGAUGGAGUUCCUUUAUUCCACAAACUCAUGGAUGAGUAUGCUCUUUUGCAAAAGAAAGCUGGUCAAGAUAGAUUCUCAGCAAUUUACCAAUCUAGUCUUCCCAUUGCAACAAAAUUGUUCCUAUGGGCAGUAUUUUUGAACAGAAAAGAAAUGGCAUUUUUAUUUUGGAAAGGCGGCAUGGAGGUAUUGCCAUCUGCUCUAAUUGCAAAUAAAUUGCUGAAAUCUCUGAAACUAAAAUGUAAAGAUUAUGACAAACGGAUCAAAUUUCAAGAACAUGCUGAUCUUUAUGAAGAAUGUGCCAUUGGAGUUUUGACUGAAUGUUACUACGCAGAUGAAAAAGGGACAUUAGAUUUACUGUUGCUACAACGGAAAACCUGGAAUGAUGCUUCAUGCAUGCAAAUAGCAUUUAAUGUUAACAAUAAGAAAUUUGUGUCCCAGGCUGCUUGUCAAUCUUUGUUGACCAAAAUUUGGAUGGGAAGCAUAAGCACAAAUAACAGUAUUUUGAUGUUGUUACUUUGUACAUUCUGUCCAUUGCUUAUAUUUCUAAUAAAGUUUGAUGAUAAAAAGGACCAUAAUGAGAGAAAUAACAAACUAAACCACCGCCAGAAGUUAAGAAUAUGUCCAUCAUGCUUGAGCAAAGUGUUAUGCAGAUGUGUGACAUUCUACUGCACUCCUUUCGUAAAGUUUUUGACCAAUUUGAUAUUUUAUGUAAUUUUCCUUGUCAUCUAUAGCUAUGUGUUACUUGUUGAACUUAAACCUCAGAUUUCUUAUCUAGAAUGGCUUCUUCUUGUGUGGGUGAUUGGAAUAUUUACAGAAGAAAUACACCAGAUAUUAACAAGAAGUUCUAUGUCACUUUGGAUACGAUUUACCAAUUACAUCAAUGACUUUUGGAACAUAGUUGAUGUUAUAACCAUCAGCUUGUUCAUUUUUGGAGUCAUUCUUCGCUACUUCAAACUGAUGGAUGCUACUAGAGUGGUUUUCAAUUUAAAUUUGAUUUCCUUCUACAUUCGUGUUCUCUAUAUGCUUUCAUCUCACAGACAUCUUGGACCAAAGCUUGUAAUGAUAAAAAAAAUGAUGCAAGACCUUGGAUAUUUUAUCAUAAUUCUGUGUAUUUUCAUGAUUGCUUUUGGCAUUGCUACCCAAUCAAUUCUCUAUCCAAGUACACCAGUCUCAUACGAUUUAUUUAAAGCAGUGUUUAGAAAGGCAUAUUUCCACAUGUAUGGAGAACUUUUUCUUGAAGAAUAUGAAGAAAAUAUCAAAUCCAAACUUAUUAUGUAUAUAGCACCGAUUCUAAUGUGUUUAUACAUCUUGAUAGUGCAUAUUUUGCUUCUAAAUUUACUUAUUGCUAUGUUUAGCUUUAGUUUUCAAAAAGUGCAGGAAAUGAGUUAUCACCACUGGUCCUUCCAAAGAUAUGAGCUUAUCUAUGAGUUUUGUGUACGUCCUCCUUUGCCUCCACCUUUUAUACUGCUUAGUAACAUCUACCAAUUUUGUCAUUAUCAAUAUAAGAAAGCACGAAAUGCAUAUCAAAAACAUUCUGUAUUUAGUAAACAAUUUGAUGUUAAUGGAAGCAAACAUUUAAUUCUCUGGGAAGAUCAGAUGGUCGACUCUUACAUAUCAAAGAAAGAUAUUUCUGUCAGUGAUAGCUUGUAUAAGAAAGUGAUUUCAUCAUCAAAUAAAAUUGACCAAUUAUCAUUGAAGGUUGAAGAAUUACGACGUAAUGUUGAAGAAAAGAUUGAGGAGGGGCUACGUGUUCAGAUGGAAAAUGUAAAUAAAAAAAUUGAUACAAUUAUUGCAUUGUUAAAUGGAAUGACAGAGCAAACACACUUCUAACGAAAUAGCUCUUGGAGAAGACUUUCCUGAAUCUAACGAAACAUGAACUUACCAACUUCAGGAGAAUCCUGCCCACUAUAUCACCUCUAUAUAACCAUAUAACUAUAAAAUUACCAUUUACUGCACUUAAAGUAUCAAUUAGUUACUAAUAUUAACAAAACGUAGCAACACAGAAAUAAAUUCUAAAAUAAAAAAAGUAAUGUAUAUGCCAAAUAUUUUAAUCCUAUAUCUAAUCCAAUAUCUUAAUGUAAUAUAUUAACAUAUAAUUUACUACCUGUCAGGUAAAUACAAGAAUCUGAAGUAAAAGAUAAAGAGAUAAAACUUUGGAAUUAGUGAUGGAGCCUAACCAACUUAUUGAGAAUUCCACGAUAUAUAAUCAGAUUACCAUAUAAUUAACAUUUACUACAUUUAAUAUUCAGAAAUCUUUUUACCUUUAUUCUUCUAAAAUAUUAAAAAUAGUCUGAUAUGUUAUUUUACUUUUACAGGUUCUAAAAUAAUAAUGAUAUUCAGAAAUCUUUUUCACUUUUAUUCUUCUGAAAUAGUAAAAAUAUUCAGAAAUGUAACUUUAUGUUUAUUAAUUUUUUAUUACAUUAAAGUUAAUUAGAAUAAUAAA